UUCAUCGAGAUUGAAUAUUCGCGCGCUCCCUCCUACUGCAUGAUUCACGUCUGCGCUUUGUUCACGUGUCCACGCUUCCCGAUUGGCUCGUUCGCUUCGUUGCUUCGUUCUCAUUAAGGAUUCUGUGUUGCUGGUAGACCUUGCAGCACAAAUCAUGGGUAAAAAGAGCAAGAGUCCCCGCUAUGAGAUGGCCGUUGGCCUGAACAAGGGCCACAAGACCACCAAAAUUGUUUGGGGCAAGACCAAGACCUCGGACAAGAAGAUCAGAGUCCGACCCUCCAGGCUAAAGGGCCGUCAGACAAAACACACCAAGUUCUGCCGGGAACUUAUUAGAGAAGUAGGUGGACAUGCUCCUUAUGAGAAGAGAGCCAUGGAGUUGCUUAAGGUUUCGAAGGACAAGAGAGCCCUGAAAUUCCUCAAGAGGAGGUUGGGCACACACACCCGUGGAAAGAGGAAGCGUGAAGAGCUCAGCAACAUCCUUACCCAGAUGAGGAAGGCUGCCCACAAGUAAAUGUUAAUGUAUCACGCUGCAUAUUUCAACAAUUAAAACCAAUAAAUUGUUCUUUGUGACUAAA